AUGAACCCCAAGCACCCGAUGGAAAUAGUGGAGCUGGGUCGGUUCACGAAAUGAAUUAAACUUUCAUGAGUUCACUUGUUUUCAGCGGACAAGAAUCGCCACUUCGGAGUGGUCGGGAUUGACGUUGCCGGAACUUCAAGAGGAGCCGACGAGCAGUACGAACCGGAAGUAAUUGCCGCGUUUCAGGCGGUUUUUGAAAAAGGCAUCCAUCGCAUAUUCACGCUGGAGAAUCUGGAGGUGCCAAGGAAGUCGUUCGUGCUAUCAACAAGAUGCACGCGGAGCGCAUUGGAUAUGGCUACAGAAUUUUGCAAGACCCGCUCGCGUAUGAGAAGCAUUUUUUGACGUCAAAGAAAGUUUAUUUGGAAGCCUGUCCCACCUCCUUGAUAAUGACGGGAUCAGUCCCCUUCGAUCUCCGCAAUCAUCCACUCUUCAAAUGGCACAAGGACAAAUUGAACUUUUCGAUCUCCCGCGAUGAUCUAACGUUAUUCAACAAUACUUUGUCAGCUAAAUUGUACAGACUUACUAGAUUUGAUAAAAUGAUUUGUUUAGUUGAGAUGGUUUGUUUUUCGAAAAAUAGUUCGCUGUAUUAAAAACUUAAUCUAUUCAGCAGAUCAAUGCGCCGAGAGCAACAUUCAUUUCAGACAAAGAAAAAGAAGAUCUGAUAGACAUCAUCCAAUGGGCCGCAAGGGAUUACGAAUAUGACCAGUAUCCCUGGGGAUGAUUUUCGUCAAUGAACAUCAUUCAAAUCAAUUACUAUCUUCGUAAUGUGUGAAAUAAGCGUGCCCUUGGCACAAAGAAAUAUGCCACCAGUUUUGUGAUUUUAGCAAUUUUUAAAAUUAUUUUUGCUCAAAACACAAAGCUUUCAUUCAGACAGUCUACGUUAUUUUCUAACAUGAUUGUCAUUGACAUAACUCACGUAAAUUAGGCUACAUAUCUGUCAAGCAUCAAAAAGGUUGGCAACUGCCUUUACUCUUUCUGUUACAAUUCAAACCAUCUCCUGCUCUUUUCAUUCUUCCUCCACAUACUUUUGAAACCGGAGAAAUUGUUCGGCAGCUGUUGUUCCUCUCCUCAUCCAUUCUUUCCGUUCUCUUUCUGUUUCUGUCGUUUAUUGUUAAGAUUAAUUGUCAGUGUCCUCACUUCGUAAUUUUCACAACGCCUCUCAUCCCACGCAUCUCUCUCUCUCAGUUUGCUAACUUUCUUCAGGUUUUUGGAGCCGUUUAGUCACUUUUCAAUGAGGAUGAUUCGAAAUCUCGUAACGAUGUUUUGCCUGGCAUUCGUUUCCGUUGCGAGGGAAAAAUGCAAGUAUGAUGGCAAAGAGUUGGACCAUGAUCAGAUCAUUGUAAGAGAUGUAUGUUUUCUUAUGCCAAAUUCAAGGAAAACAGAAGUUAGAUGUAUGAUACUCGAAAAAUUUGAAUGCACCAUUAAUAUGAUAAAUGCACCGGCAGGUCGUUCAAAACUCAUUUCGUAUCAAGUGUCUGUCUGAUCACGGAUCCUGGAAGACUGAGAUUAUUGGUUGCGUGGCUGUGGACGGUACAGAAGUUGAUGUUGAAGAGAAGAAGGAAGUCGGAGAAAAUGUUUAUGAAUGUGUAAGAAAAGAGGGAGGUUAUGUAUAUCUUAGAGAAUCAAAAGGACGGCUGGCCUCUUGUCCGGGAGGACAUAAACAUGGUGAGCCAACGAGAGUUUGAAGAACAAAUUAUUGUGCUUUUUUUCAGGUGAUGUAUGGCAAGAGAAAGCGUUCAAAUUCAUUUGCGCCGACGGAGGUGUUGUUAAAUUCGUUGCCUGUGUCGGAAGUGAAGGGACAGUAAUAAAUGCCGGACAGACUGGGAAGAUUGGGAAAUUUGAGUACAAGUGCGUGCAACACUGGAACGGAACAAUUACAAUGCAAACUACCAACAACCCAAAAAGCUAUGAAUGCGAGGCAACGGACGGUUCAUUAAAGCGAAAUGGAGAGGAGUACGUGGAUGGAAACUUUGUGCGAAAGUGCAUGGAUUACGGCCAAAACGAAAUCAUCGGUUGUUUCGUAAGAGUUUCAGAGUGCAAAAUCUUAAGUAACGGGUUUUUUUAGAAGAAAAACGUCAAAGACACGAUACCAAUUGACAGCAACAUCACGGUCGGAGAAAUGAUGUACAGCUGCGUGCAAAACGGUUCUGAAUAUAGCUUAGCGACGUUCAAUUUAAAGGCAAACUAGCAAAAUAAUUAGUUUUGAUGAUGGCAACUGGAAAUUUUUCAGAAACCAGCUCCUUACGCAAUGUGCGUUUACGAUGGGAAGCAAUACUACAAUGGAACCUUUUUUGUAAGUUGUCUCCUAAUUUGGUGCAAGUUCACAAAUUCUUCAAACAAGUUAAAAAUUUCAAACAUAUUUAAUCUGGUAAAGUUAAAUAAGUUUAACGGACGUCGAAUUUGCGGUCCGUUCGGAUAACGUCAUUUAUCUGUUAAUUUCGGGACUAUCACCUUUCUCCACUUAUUUUUAAUUCAAAAUGGUCCUUACAGGUGGCCCAAGGAACUUUCCGAAUUCAAUGUAUUACUUUCAAGAACUUGACCUCCACUCUCAAAGUCAUCGGAUGUAUGACUCCCGAUGGGAAAGAUGUGAGAUCUUUUUGAAAGUUUUUGUGUUUUUCUUUCUUUUCAAUAUUUACUCAAUGUCUCCCCUUAGAUUCAACCAAAGUGGAAAAUGAAUGAAGAAGACAAACAAUUCGAGUGCGCUGAAAAUUUCACAUUGAUAACGACAUUGGGAAGAAUGGGAAAAUGUCGUGGAAAGUACAAUGUCGGCGAAGAGUGGGUGGAAAAUCAUAUGAAGGUGCAGUGCAAAAUGUACGGAACAAUCAUGGUGAAAAGUUGCAUCACGCGAAAUGGAAUCGAGAUUCCAGUAGGAAAAACGAAAAGAGGGCAUGCCGGUUACGCGAUCGAAUGUGUCAUUGUUGAUGGAAACGUGAUUUUGAGGCCUGCGAAAUAUUCCAAAUGCGAGACCGAAAAGGGGGAGAAAAAAGAAAUAGGUAAGCCCCCUUGAGGUAAUUUUUAUUGAUCAUUUUCAAAAUUACUUUUUUAAUAUAUGCAUCCUGCUGAACUCACUUGAUUUUCAGGCGAAACAUGGAAUGAGCGCAAUUUUGUUCGUCGUUGCGACUUCUUCGGAGUCUCCUUCAUCACUGGCUGUUACGUCGAUAAAUUAGGAAAUAUAGGAUUGAAUCAGAACAUUACUUCGGGAGGAAUCAUAUACAUGUGCAUAUAUGAGGACCGUCUUUUCAAAUUCCGCACAGCAAUGUUGCACCCAGGAAAACAAUUAUUUAAUUGAUUUUCUUAUAAUGAAAUUUGCCUUAGUUACUGUGUCUCUGAAAUGAUGCAUUUGACAACAUUUUAGAUGCAAGUUUGGUAACUGCUGUCGUGAGAGCUGCGCCCAUUGGGUAGCUACUGUCGAGAGAGCAGCGCCCAUUCCCUUGCUGCUGUCGUGAGAACAGCGUCCAUUCCGUAGCUGCUGCCAUGAUAGCAGCUCCCAUUUGGUAGCUGCUGUCGUGAGAGCAGCGCCCAUUGGGUAGCUACUGUCGAGAGAGCAGCGCCCAUUCCGUAGCUGCUGUCGUGAGAGCAGCGUCUAUUCCGUAGCUGCUGUCAUGAUAGCAGCUCUCAUUUGGUAGCUGUCGUCGUGAGAACAGCGCCCAUUGGGUAGCUACUGUCGUGAGAGCAGCGCCCAUUCCGUAGCUGCUGUCAUGAGAGCAGCUCCCAUUUAGUAGCUGUUGUCGUGAGAGCAGUGCCCAUUGGGUAGCUACUGUCAAGAGAGCAGCGCCUAUUCCGCAGCUGCUGUCGUGAGAGCAGCGUCCAUUUGGAAGGUGCUGUCGUCGAGCUUGACCUUUGCUGACAGUACAGAAGUUAUCAUGAUCGGCGGACAUUUCAUUACGGCACAUAUUGAUGAAGAGCAUUGUCGUGGACUGGAACAUCCUUUGAAGAAAUAAUGUUCAGUAUGCAGUGUAUCUGAAAGUUCUCCAGUUUUUUCUGACAUCGCCGGUUCAUCUGAUGUUAAUGUUUGGAUGUGCUUGGCCAGAAGUCACGAGAAAUUUCUAAUUAUCGCGGAUAGCCAGCUAACAACUAUAGCUUUGAACAAUUGGUUGCUAGGCACGCUUCAUUACUAUUUUCAUCUCCUCCUCACCGCCCGUUUUGUCUUCAUUACGCCAACAUUUUUCCAACUCUCACCCUAAAUGCUUAUCUUUCCCGUAAUUUCAAUACUAUCACCACUCGAAAUUCUUGUGGCACCUGCGCUAAGUGAUUCGGAAAUUAUGGACAAGUUCUCGAAAAGUCUUCACACGGAAAGAAUUCAAAAACUCCGAGAUGAUUGCUCUUUUGCCCGGAAAGCUUUAUGGGCCAUAAUGCUAACCGACAUUCUCUACAUCUUCAUUUGGAUUAUUUUCUUCUGCUUCCAUCUCCCGGAGAAUCUUUAUGAUCAUCUUUACUCCCUGCUCGUUGUCCAAUGGGUUCUUUUCUUCCGCGUGGCCUUGACGACGUUGACGAGUAUGACCUGUGGAAUUCUUAUGGAAUUCAAAAGAUUCCAAGUUAAAUGGGCGGCAAGCAAUCUCUGGACCUGUACUCUUCUUCGCCCAAUUCUCAGCUUCAUUGAGCUGGUCACCCUUGGAUACUUUUUUCUCCUUGAGGAGCCUAAGAAUACAAUCACGAUAAUCGGGCUUCUGGCGAUUUGGAGCGCUGAACAGUUUUUAGGCGAGUUGCACCACCUUUGCUUUCGAUCCUAAAAAAUAUUUUUCAGGAACAUUGUACACUUUGGCCAUCAUUGUGGCUCCAAUCGAAGAAUUUUUGGAGUCAGGUAGCAUGGAUGACGAAGAGGAUGAGGAGGAGGAACAGCAGCAGCAGGAACAGGGGCAGGAACAGGAAACAUCUCUAUGA